GUCGAGCAAAAGUGUUCCUCCAAAUGUGACAGACCUACCAUUGGGCAGACAUUUACCGCCUAGACAAAAUGGGUAGGAGCUAUGUUAUAUAGACAAGGUCGUGGGCAAUGGAACUAAUACGGCCAUGCUAGUCCUUCUUCAAUUCUCGCACGGCUGAUCAUAAUACUGGUGUACUCGCUUGGAUGGUGUGCCGUGUCAACACACAUUUGUACAAACAGCAUCAAACCCACUACUACAAUAAUCUAUCUGAUGCAAUGGACUUCUCAGUAGCACCUGGAUACGGAUUGUCAUCAGAGUUAUCGUCGGAGUUAGAAUCCGAUGUGCUGUGUAGAACUCCUGCCACAAAUGAGAGGAAAGGAGGGUCGAGGCAGUCCAUGCAGCCAUCAUGUGCCUUAGACACAAGGUUGGCGGUGAUUUUUCCGCCUCCGAGGGUGUCGUCACAUCAAGGUGGCAGCAACAAAAUCAAAAUAGAUGUCGGUUUGAUACCUGGACACAACCCCGCUCCUGGUGCAUCGGCGGCAGUGAAAGAAAAACAUAUAGGCAAGCCGGUCAUGCCCAAUGUGAAGCAUGGCAAGUUUUCGGAUCUAGCCAGUAUUUUACCUGCCCCUAGGACUACUGCUUCCCGAACGAUACCGAAGCAGCAGCAGCAGGCUGACAAUACUGGCGCAGACAGCCAGCAGACCACCCAAGAACUCCGCCUAUGUUGGUCCCGUAUUCUGUAGCAUCCGGGAAAUGUACAUCGGGGAAUCCAGGAACAGACAAGGCCACAGGGUGUCGCGCCAAAUCACCUGAUGUGGAGAAAUCUGAAGCAAUGGAUGUCUAUUCAUCUGCACAGUCUGUUAAGCCCUCUGUCAGUCCAUUCUUUACGCUAUCGGA